GUUGUGUGGUGGCGGAAAGAUGGCAGCGGCCAUAGACAGGGUGAAGAUGAAGUAGUGCUCUGACCAUGGACCAUGAUGCCCCCACAAUCAAGCCCCGCCGCAUCCAGAACCAGAACGUCAUCCACCGCCUGGAACGCCGUCGGAUCAGCUCUGGCAAGGCCGGCACCCACUGGCACCAGGUCCGCGUCUUCCACCAGAACGUCUUCCCCAACUUCACUGUGGUCAACGUGGAGAAACCGCCCUGCUUCUUGCGCAAGUUCUCCCCCGAUGGGCGUUACUUCAUCGCCUUCUCCUCCGACCAGACCUCCCUGGAGAUCUACGAGUAUCAGGGCUGCCAGGCGGCAGAGGACCUCCUGCAAGGCUACGAGGGGGAGAUCCUGGCUAACGGCAAUGACCAAAGAUCUGUCAACAUCCGAGGGCGGCUCUUUGAGCGCUUCUUUGUCCUGCUCCAUAUCACCAAUGUGGCCUCUAACGGGGAGCACCUGAACCGCGAGUGCAGCUUGUUCACUGACGACUGUCGGUACGUCAUCGUUGGCUCUGCUGCUUACCUGCCUGAGGAGCCGCACCCUCCCUUCUUUGAGGUCUAUCGGAACAGUGAGUCGGUGACCCCUAACCCUCGCUCCCCUCUGGAAGAUUAUUCCUUGCAUAUCAUUGACCUCCACACGGGCAGACUCUGCGACACGAGGACUUUCAAGUGUGACAAAGUCAUCCUCUCUCAUAACCAGGGGCUGUACCUCUAUAAGAACAUCUUGGCCAUUCUCUCUGUGCAGCAGCAGACUAUUCACGUCUUUCAAGUGACACCCGAGGGGACUUUCAUCGAUGUGCGGACAAUCGGUCGCUUCUGCUAUGAGGAUGAUCUCCUGACGCUGUCUGCGGUGUAUCCCGAGGUGCAGCGGGACACUCAGACGGGGAUGGCGAACCCCUACAAAGAGCCCUUCAUAAACUCUUUGAAGCACAGGCUGCUGGUGUACCUGUGGAGAAGGGCAGAGCAGGACGGCAGCGCGAUAGCAAAGAGGAGGUUCUUCCAGUACUUCGAUCAGCUGAGGCAGCUCCGCAUGUGGAAGAUGCAGCUUUUGGAUGAGAACCAUCUGUUUAUCAAAUACACUAGUGAAGAUGUAGUCACACUGCGGGUAACAGAUCCUUCACAGCCUUCAUUCUUCGUCGUGUACAACAUGGUGAGCACGGAGGUUAUAGCUGUGUUUGAGAAUACGUCUGAUGAGCUGCUGGAGCUGUUUGAGAACUUCUGUGACCUCUUCAGGAACGCCACUUUGCACAGCGAGGCAGUCCAGUUCCCCUGCUCGGCUUCCAGCAACAACUUUGCCAGGCAGAUCCAGCGCCGGUUCAAAGACACUAUUGUGAAUGCCAAGUAUGGAGGACACACAGAGGCCGUGCGGAGGCUGCUGGGCCAGCUCCCAAUCAGUGCCCAGUCGUACAGUGGCAGCCCGUACCUCGACCUCUCCCUUUUCAGCUAUGAUGACAAGUGGGUGUCUGUCAUGGAGCGGCCCAAGACCUGCGGUGAUCACCCUAUAAGGCAUGGACCAAAGCAGCCCUGGCUCUGCCCAGAGGACUCUCUGAGCCCCAGCUCUUGGCAGUGCUCCAUCCCUCCCUGAAAGCUGUUCAUGAGCCGGUUCUCAUCUGCCAUGACCUCCAUCCAUCCCAGCAUGUUGCAACAUGAGGAGAGAGGCGCAGAGUACUAUGAGGACACGUCGGAUGCCCCAGGACCCUGCCGCCAUCAACCGAGUGGAUGUUUCUUGUAUAUGGGUCUGGUGAGGAUGCACUGGUGGUGAUGGCACUGAGCACGGGGCCUGUAGGACAACCCAGCCCUAGGGACGGUGGCACUAUGGCUGUGUCAGCAACUGUGGGGCGUGAAGGGAGAGCACUCCACAGGAAGCCCCGUGGGAGGCACUGUGAUGUGAUUUAGGGCAUUAAGAAGAGCAGCGGGCCCACGUGUCCACCCAGCGUCUUCCCACUGCCCAUUUGAUAGCUCCUCAAAGGCGCAAAAUGGCGCGGGGCCGGAUUAGAUGUACCCUCCGCCCUCAGCCUGCACCGGGAGAUAUGGCGCUCGCCCUCCGCCUCCGGCCCUCUGGCACCAGCGCUGUCGCCAUGGCAACGGGGAGAAGCAGCCAUCCGCAUGGAAACGGCCUUGCUGCGCCGUGCAGCGCGUCGGGGGGGAACACGGUUCAAGUGGCGAGUUUGGAGGGGAGAGGGGCCCCGCUGUGUGGUCCUGGCCCAAAUCGCAGUGCUGUGAGGCAAUGGAGAUCUCUCCUUAAGCUCUGGCACUGUCCCAGCGUGUGCCCUCGCCAUAAGGAUGGCUUCUGUUGCUGCUGCCCUAUUUUUUUUUUCUGUCUAGUCCUGAGGUCAGGGUGAGGCCCAGAUGAGCUGUACUGAUAACCACGGGCCGUGUAGCUAAGUCACUGUUUCAGCCCUGGUUGAGAGUCCUUAAUGCCAGUAAAAUCCCUCUCUGUAAGCAGAAGGGGAAGCUGGCAGCCAAACAAGGUCUCCUGUAACAUAGGGCAGAGCAAUGUCACGGCUGUGCGGUGCAGCCGGGCUGGCUCUGGGCAGCGAGGUCGGAGCUAAUCUCUGCCUUCCUCCCUCUCACCCUUUAUCCCCCAGACAAUGGCCCUGCCCAUGCCAGCUCCAUCCCCAGAGGGCUCCGAUAAGGGCUGGGAGGGCAGCUCUGCUGCGAGGCUGCUUGCACCCACCAGGCUUUGUCCCAGUUUUACACCGGCCCCUGGGUGUGAGCCCACCCUCCUGCAGGGCUUUCCACCAAAGGAGCAGCUUUGGCCAACGUGUCUGUCUAUGGGCAGAUUGUCUCCCAGCAUCUCCCAGCGCUGAGGCAGGCUGCUUCCCUGCUGCGUGCUGCACAAGGAGCCCGGGGGGCUGCCUGGCUCUCCCCGUUUCCUCGUGGUGUUUGGUAGUGGUUGGUUCUGACAGCUCAGGAAAUUAGAAAAUUUACUUGUGCCGUGGAUGCGGCAGGAGCAAAAUGAAAGGCAGCAGCCAGGUAUCUGCAAGGGACGGCGUGGGGGCCAUUGCUGGCAAUUAGGAGAGUGAGUUGUUUGCCUGCCGGCUGCUGUGUGGAGAGAUGAGAGCCGUAUUUCACCACCUCAGCUUGGGGGCUGCUGCUGAGAGGCUGGGGCUGAACAUACGUCUUUCUCCUGGCUGGCCCUGUGUUUUGUUACCUAUGUGCAGUGGGAAGCCUGGGCUGCUCCUGCACACAGAAGCAAGCAGAGGGAACGGGCUGAAUGCUGGAACGGGUAGUGAUGUGGCUAUGAGGCAUAGAGGAUGUUAGUUUGACUUUUGCAAAAUGAGUCGUGAAGUGGUGUAGCACAGGGGAUAGAUUUUGGAGUGCCCAUCUUCUUGUCCUCCUCCAAGGUCCUCAUCUUUGCAGGUUCCUGGGCUGGGAGAUCCUGGGGAAGUUUUUCAUGUUGUGUUUUCUCUUCCUGCUUUUUUAUCUCCCCAUUCCUUCUUUCCUGCCCCACGUUUUCACUGCCCGCACGCCCUUACUUAGCUCUCAGCCCCUCACACCCAACGCUUUUUCCUUCUGCCCAAUUUCUCUAGCAAACUGAACUGCUCCCCAAGCAAUGGCUUUUGGGGCUCCCUAGCUGAGAAGAGGUCCCGGACCCGUGCACAUUCCUACUCCUAGCUGUGGGGCAUUGGAAGCGAGUUGUGAGCUCCAAGGGAACAAAAGGACCUUGCAAAGUGGCAGCAGCAGAAGGGGAGAGCAUGGCAGAGGAGACGUGAGUGGCUUCAAAAAAAGGAAAUACAGUGAGGCUGCAUCUCCCCAAGAGGACCCUGCAGCCCUGCUCCAUCGUGAGCCCAGGGACUUGGAUGCUAUUAGGCAGUUCAUUAGUAAAACCUCUGAGCCGUUCCCACUGCUGUUGAGUACCUAUUAAUGCCUCUUGAGGGGAGAGGAGAAGGACAUGAAAGCACAAAAACAAUCUGAGGGCCCUUGAUCUCUUUUUGGGCUGAGAGGUCGGGGCUGGGGCUGAGGGGCAGCUGUGGGGAGGAGAGGCUGCACAGGGAUGUGGGGCGUGAAAGCAGCAGCUUUGCACAUCCCUGAUUAUCUUGAAAGGCUGAGUGCAAAACAUAACCCGACUUGAACUGCAACUUCUCAAAGGCUCCCAAGGGGCACGUUGGGGUUAUAAACACCUAGUCAGAGCCCUGCUUCGUGCCAAGUUCCAGCCAGGUAUUCCUGCACCAUAGGGAAAGCAGGCAAAACCUGCACAGAUGUCCCUGGCAGCUGCAGCUGGGUUGCAGUAAGCUACCCCUGCUGUGACAGUUUAUUAGCACCGCGGGGUCUGUCCCCUUCUCCUUGCUUGUGUAUACAGUCAGCUGUUAAAGGACACUGACAUCGCUUAAUUAAUGGUUUAAUUGAAUCUCACAAAGGGAUCGAAAUUGGCUGCCUGACUCCUGCCACUGAGAUGCUCACAUAGGAAAUAGUAAAUCACCAAUUCAGCAAAUAAAGCUGCACUCUAGGUAGAAAGUCCCUGUUGUAGGGGUGAGGGAAAUAAUUCCUCUUUGCACAGUAAUAUGCUAUUAGAGAUAAGUCUGGGGCUACUUUUUUCGAGCCACAGGGUGUCAUCCCUGGCCAAGGGAAGAGUAACUGGGUUAGACUGUCUCCCCAAGGCACUCAUUAAUGGGGAAACAGACCUGAGGUAGCGUUUUAUCUCUAAGUCAGAACAGUGUUUUAUGUUUCACGCCCGAUGUGAUGGAGGAAGGUACACGUGGUAUUUUAAAAUGAAGGACAAUACCCAAGGAAGGCCAUGGUAGAACUGGGAUGAAGCUUUGCAGUCAGUAGCACCUUCUGGGCUUGUUUUCAGGAGGAGGGGAAAAACAAAAAGCUUUUUGUGGGAUUAGGGAAUCAAAGAUGAGCAGGAAGAGGAGGGAGUAGGGAGAAAAAAUGUCUCAAAGCAAUGGGAAAGCCCAAAGGGAGAGGAUGUGACCCUAAUGACGGUGCUAAUGCUGUGGUCAUACUACUCAAGUAAUUGCUGCUCAGGAGGAAUGCGAGCCAAUAGAAAAUGGUAUUCUACCCAGGCACCAAGAAAAGCAAUUAAGACUGGUAAAUACCAGUGGUUGACUAAAACUAGGCCUUUAAUUAAUAGUUUCGUCUGAAGGGUAAGGAAAUCAUUAAGUGCUGUUGGUGUCUAUUAAUUCCCUGCAAGAGGAACCACAAUAGAGGGUUUUAAGAGUUCUUUCACGGUACAGUGUGUGCGACUGAGCCCUUGCACUAGGAGGGAGAGGUUGCUUUGUGUAGUUGUGCUCUCCCAUAUCACUGACAGCUGCCCCCAAAGCCUGAGAUUUGCUGUGAAAUAAACAGCUCAGACUGAGUAUUUAGCUAGGACACAGCUUAGGGGGUGCUCCGUCAGGGCUGGAGUGAAAGUGGGUGGAAAUGUAACCAGUGAAAAGCUGCACAGCUGAAGCACUGUGCUGGAAAGCUUAGGGAGGAUGCAAGAAACUGGAGGUUCAGAAGACAGAUACUGCUUGCUUUUGUAAGGAUCCGGCCACUGAAGUGUUAAACUAACAUCAGUCUCGUCUGUUCAGGUUGGAGAGUGCUAAAUAAACCUCAGUUGGAGGAAGGAGUAGCAGUAGGUACCCAAACCAGGCAGAGCAGAUAGGGAGAUGCAACAGCCCGCUGCACUGACAGUGGCUGUGUAUCAGUAGAUUUCAUCAAAUAUUCAGAAAUGCUCAGAAACCAAGGAUGUUACAGAGCAGCCUCUCUAAAGGGCACAGCCUUGAUUCUAAGUCUGGAUGAGAGAAAGAUUUACUAUAGUUGCUAUUUGACUCUCGAGCCAUCCACCUACUCUUCCUUGAAUUUCAAAAAGACCACGUCUUUUUGUAAUCUUGUUUUUUCAAUCCAUUCCACCGUAUUUAUCUAACGUGGGCAUUUCUGCUGCAUUGAUGCAACAAGCAGCUCGUGGUACAGAAUGGUAGUGUUUGGUUUUCUCAGUGUGUGCUAUGCAGUGCAUCACUGACAAGCCUGCCAGCACUGACUGGUGCUCCUCCUUUGUCAGGGCUAGUCACAGUGCUCUGCAGAAAGCAGUCUGCUGCAAGGCACACCAGUGCUCAUGGCUGCCUUUGCCAGCUAGCUGCCCAGGGAGUUAGGCUCUGUGGUUCAUAGUAUCUUCUCCUUAAAAAGAGUAAUAUGGAGUCACUAGAAGCUCAGCCAUGUUUCUGGAGCAACGGGGAAGCUCUUCUAGUCUGUCAGACAUCUGUGAAGAACCUCUCUUCCUGGCUGUCAAAUCUGAGACAGCUCAAGGAACUUCCCUUCAAGAUAACUUCUCCUCUAUUCAAAUUCAGACAGUUGGAGUAAGGUAAGGGAUUCAUCUGGAUCUUAUUUUAUUCUCUUCUGUCAAAUGCAACUCAACAGGCUCUUCUGAGCAGACUGAUUUCUUUCAAAACCUGCUGUAUGCCAUUCAGCCCCAUGAAGGAGGUUCACUGCCUUGUUGCCAUGGUACCCUUUCUCUAAAGAGGAAGAGAAUAGUUAAUUAUGCAAUUUAAGAAACGAAGGAGGAACGACAAAGAGAAAUAAUAGAAAGGAAGAUUCUGGGUUUGUGAUAAGACUGCUGGCUGCACCAAAAUACACUGUUUACAAGUGAAAUGUUUGCCCGGCGUAUGCUGUAUAUAGCAAAGGACAGAUUCUCUGGCAGUAUGGAUUUCAAGGAGCUGCCCUAUGCUAGGCAGUGUGCUUUUGCCAUCCAAGAUCAAGCCUAUAGUCAGUUACUGCUGUUACUUUCCUUGGUUAACGUUCCAAAGAGACUCAGACAUAUUUGUUUGGCUGCAGUUCUCUCUGGAUGGAGGUAGGGCAGCAAUAAUACAU